GAUUCGAACUUGUGACAAACGUCUGACACACUUCUCUGUCUGCGCGUCGGAGGAGGAGGAGGAGGAGGAGCGGAGCUGCGGAGCUGCGGAGCUUUUACGCACGAAGAGAAAGUGAUCGUUCUUUUUUUAAUUGGUGCGUAAAAGUUGGGAGGAAAGUGCGAGGAGCUUACUUUUUAUUGUUGGGGAAGUUUUAAAAGUUGUGUUUUUGUGCUGACGUUGUUUCCGUGAACCUGUCAGCAGCGCCCGGGUUAACCACUGGAGGAAUGCGGAGCCGCUAGAACCGGGGAGCGGAGCUGGAACCUCACAUCGACCCGCACGAACUUUUCAUUCGGAACCAAGUUGGCGAGCGAGUCUCUCCGAACACGAUCAUGGCCACCGGCGGGUUCAAGCCCAACGCCACCGACUUCCUGGAGGAGUGGAAGGCGAAGAGGGAGAAAAUGAGAGCCAAGAUGCUGGGGGACAUCGCGGCAGCCACCGGGGCUCCUCUGGGCUCCGGCCCCGGGAACAACGGCCGCCUCGCCGCUGGAGCCCUGCCGGGCACCGAGCUCACCAACCACGGCAACCCGGAGCGAAGCGCCUCCUCCGGGAAUUGCCUCCCCUCCUCCUACUCGGUGGCUCGGUCCUCCUCCGGCUCGGCUCUGAGGAGACCCGAGGAGGAAGCAGUGCACCUCCCUGCUCCCCCUGCAGCCGCCGCGGCCAGCCACCUGAAGAAGGCCCCGCCUCAGCCGGAGCCAGCUCCGUGCGCCUCCCCGGACUCCAGCCCCGCGAUGGCGUGCAACGAAAGCGACAAGGAGAGUCCCUCACCCGGGAAGGGCAAGGAGAAGAAGAGCAGCGGCCCCAGCGCCAGGAAGGGCAAGGGGCAGAUCGAGAAGAGGAAGCUGAGGGAGAAGAGGAGAUCCACAGGUGUUGUCAGCAUGCCGUCCACCGAGAGUCUGGACGAGCUGGACGAUGACGACCCCCCAGGGGAGAAGGACAAGAAGGAGGAGGAGCUGGUCCAGGCCAACACGUUCCAGAACGAGGCCAUGGCCGCCGACCCCGCCACCGGCCACUUACUGGACAGCCCGAGAUGCGGGAGCAGCCGGCACAAGAGCUCUGCAGGACCAGGGUCUGAGGAGGAGGUGGGCGGGAAAAGCCGGCAGCGACACAACCGCCCGGGCCGAGACGGAGGAGCCGCGGCACAGGGAGGUCUGGAGAAGAGGAUGGAGGAGCUGGAGAGGGAGCUGGCCAGAGAGCGCCAGGAGAGCGCCCGGCUGAUGAAGGCCCACCAGGACAAAGACGACCUCAUCGAGAAGCUGAGGGAGGAGAUCGACCUUCUGAACAGAGACCUGGACGACAUUGAAGAUGAGAACGAGCAGCUCAAACAGGAGAACAAGACUCUGCUGAAGGUGGUGGGUCAGCUGACCAGGUAGAAGCCCCCCCCCCCCUCUCCUGACCUCCUGCCCCCGGGUCAAGUCCUUCACCGUGGCCUUUUUAACUGUUUGAUUCUGUCUCUAUUUGUGUGUUAGAGGUGAAACUGAAAAGUCCUGAGACCCUCUCAGCCUUGAAUGCAUCGUGGUGAAAGCUGAGUGAAGAGUGGUGGGGGGGCGGUGCUGACGGGCCCCCGACAGGAUAAACACAUAUUUAAUGUAAAUGUAUUGUAUAUAGGCCAUUUAGAUCUGUUCAUUAUUUUUAGAUUUUUGAUAAGGUCUUAAAAAGCAAAAGUGAAUGAAUGUCUGUGCUGAGUCUCUUAAAACUCGUUGAGAGGCUAAAAAGAAAAGUCUCAUAUUUUAGACAUGUCCACGUCUUUGCACACAGAAGGUCUCCAGUGUUGCUCUGUCUCUGGGACCAUGGAGGACUCUUAAGGUCGGGCAUGAGAAAAAAUGAGGAGAAGACAAUUCUAUUUAAAUUAUUUUCAAGUUUUUUAAGACUAUAAAAUCACUAAUGUUAAAACAAAACACCUGGUGUUUAUGAAUUGGUGAAAUUGUUGCUGUUUAGGAGAAACAACGAACAAAAGGGUAAAAACAAGGGUAACUAUUUUUCUCUGAUUUAUUUCCACUUAGUUUUUAAGAUUCUUUCUUUAUUCACUCAGUAAAAAACUCUUCCUCUGAUUUAGUUUGACUUCAUUAUCAAAAUUCAAAAGUUAAAACAGUCUUCCUCCUCAUUUUAUGAAGCCUGUCCCUGAUCCUCUUCCCUAGUUGGACAUUUGGACCAAAUUCAACAUAAUUCCUGCUUCAGUUCCAUCAGCCAAAGUGGGCUUAGUGCCUUGCAAUGCAUGUGAGAUUUUUAUUUUAAUCAAAUCUUUUGAAAAUACAAUAAAUAAUAUGGUUCUCCGGUGCCUUAUCUACCUUUUUUUUUUUUCAACGAUUUAUUCCUUGGUACAUUUGAAUCCCACUGGAGCAUCUACGAACCCGAAUGAAGAAAAUCUCAAUUUGAUGGCACAAGCAAGAAUUUCUAUAAAUUGAAACGCUUUAUGCUUUUUGUAAUGUUAGCAUCUGAGUAUAAUGUCUGUGAUGAGAUGUUUAAGGGUGAAACCCUCGUCUAGUAUAAACUGUAUGUGGAUUCUCUUUCUUUCUUUAUUUUUAUUUGCUCUUGUUUACAAGUUAAGGUCUUUUGCAAUAUGUGGUAGAGAGAUAGCUGCUCUGAUUUACGGCAUCUGCGAUGUGUGGAGUGAGCUACAGUGCAUCUUCGUAUGAUAACCAAAUGACCUGAAGGAUAUUUGAAAUGCAUCUCUUUCGUUUACUCAAGGGAACAGGCUUCGGCUGGUUCAGGCAUUUUACUCUCUGUACUUAGAUCAUGUUAAAUCCAGCGAGGAGCCGCUCGCUGUGGCAAAUCAUCGAUAGACGAUCGAUAGACGACUCUGCUUCCACGUAUACGCUCACUUGUUUUUUUUGGUCUGCCUUCAAACCCGUCGCAGACAGAACAUCACAGACCCGUCUCUCCUUUCCAUUACAUUAUGCAUGUACAGAAGAUUAAGUCAUUUAAUAAAAGUUUGAUUAUCCCUCUCCUCAA